AUGUUACUCUCCAAAGAUGACACUCUGCACUAUACCUACGAUUCCGAACGGGUUCAGAUCGAAGCCUGGGGUCCGAAUGCCCUUCGGAUUCGUGCCACCAAGUUUCAUACCCUGCCGUCGGAAGACUGGGCUUUGACAAUUCCGCCGCCCAAGACCGAUGUAUCUAUUUCUGUGAAUGAUGGGCAUGCAUCAAUCAGCAACGGCAAUAUCUGUGCCACGAUAUCUUCGCGGGGAAAGAUUACUGUCAAAAAUUCCAAGGGCGAGUUACUGCUUGAAGAGUACCAGCGCAACCGUUCGGAUGUCGAGGAUCCAAAAUGCAGCGCCUUGAUGAUCGAAGCAAGGGAGUUCAAGCCCUUGUUGGGUGGUGACUACCAUUUGACCUACCGUCUAGAAUCCAUUGAUCGGAAUGAGAAGAUCUACGGCAUGGGCCAGUAUCAGCAACCAUUUCUUGACCUCAAGGGACUGGACCUGGAAAUGGCCCAGCGCAAUUCUCAGGCAAGCGUGCCUUUCAUGCUCUCUAAUCUAGGAUACGGUAUGCUAUGGAACAACCCUGCCGUCGGCAGAGCUGUGCUGGGAAAGAACACGAUGAGCUUCGAGGCUUAUUCCACGAGGGUGCUUGAUUAUUGGGUUGUGGCUUGUGACACCCCGACCCAGAUCAUCGAAGCUUAUGCGGACAUCACGGGCAAGGUACCGAUGAUGCCUGAAUACGGACUGGGCUUUUGGCAGUGCAAAUUGAGAUAUCAAACUCAGGAAGAGCUUCUGGAUGUUGCACGAGAGUAUCGAAGACGGAAUCUGCCGCUUGAUGUUAUCGUGGUGGAUUUCUUUCAUUGGCCGAAGCAAGGAGAAUGGAAGUUCGACCCCACAUACUGGAAAGACCCCGACGACAUGAUCAAGGAGCUCAAGUCGAUGAAGAUUGAACUCCUUGUCUCCAUCUGGCCGACGGUCGACAAGCGAUCUGAAAACUACGACUACAUGCUGGAAAAUGGCCUUCUGAUCCGGCAAGAUCGAGGACUGCGGAUCUCGAUGGACUUUCAAGGAGAGACCGUCCACGCUGAUUUCACGAAUCCGGCCACAAGAGAAUUUGUCUGGAAUACUGUCAAGAAGAAUUAUUACGAAAAGGGUGUGAAGCUUUUUUGGCUUGACGAAGCGGAGCCAGAGUACAGUGCCUAUGACUUUGAUAUUUAUCGGUACCAUAGUGGGAGUUUGUUGAGCACCGGGAAUGCAUAUCCAGUGGAAUACGCCAAGGCCUUCUAUCAGGGAAUGGUGAAGGAUGGCAAGCAGAAGGACGUCUGCAAUCUUAUCCGCUGUGCUUGGGCCGGAAGUCAGAAGUUUGGGACGCUGCUGUGGAGCGGUGACAUUGCAAGCAGCUGGGAGAGUUUUCGAGACCAAUUUGCGGCUGGUUUGAAUGUGGGGAUUGCGGGCAUCCCAUGGUGGACUACGGACAUCGGUGGCUUUCAUGGAGGAAAUCCCAAGUACCCCGAAUUCCGUGAGCUCUGCACUCGAUGGUUCCAAUACGGCUGUUUCUGCCCUGUCUUCCGCCUCCAUGGCGAUCGUGAGCCCAAGCAGCCCCAACACGGCACCACCGGUGGCGCGACCUGCCUCUCCGGGGCGCCGAACGAAAUCUGGUGCUACGGCGAAGAGUGUUACCAGAUCAUGAAAAAGUACCUGUUCCUGCGCGAAAGACUCCGUCCGUACAUCCGCGACCUCAUGGCCCAAGCACACAACAAGGGCACGCCGGUGAUCAGGACCUUGUUCCUGGAGUUUCCCGACGACAAGAGGUGUUGGGAGGUCGAGGACCAGUACAUGUUCGGACACAAGUAUCUCGUCGCGCCGGUCAUGUACCCGGGCAUGACCACGAGGAAGGUGUACCUGCCGAGGGGUGCCACGUGGAAAAGGUUCGAUGAUGGGGAGGUCCAAGAUGGGCAGACUUUUGUGGGUGGAAGGGAGGUUCAGGUGGAUUGUCCACUGCACGUGAUGCCUGUGUUUGAGCGAAUUUGA